AUGAGCUCCCAGGAGACCCCACAAGCUCGGAGAUUCCCCAUAGAGGCAGGAGAUUCUCCCAGCCUGGCAGCUGCUCCAGAGACCCAGGAGCCAGUUGCCACUGAGCACACUGCAGCAAGGCAGCUGAGAAGAUGCCCCGGUUGCCACUGCCUGACCCUGCCCAACGUUCCUAUUGACGUUUACAUUGCUAUGGGCGGGAACGGGAGGCCACGGACCACCUAA